AUGUCAGCUAUCCAGAUUCUCCACUUUUUCUACCCCUUUGCUGAUGCAAAGAAGAGUGAUGAUCUGCUUCCUGCUGGCACUGAGGAUUAUAUCCAUAUAAGAAUUCAACAGAAGGGCACCUGGGUCUAUCAGUGGUUGAGAAGACCUUUACUAACUGUCCAAGGGAUGACUAAUGACUAUGAUAAAAAGAAACUAGUGAAGGUGUUUAAGAAGAAAUUUGCUUGCAAUGGCACUGCAGCUGAGCAUCCAGAAUAUGGAGAAGUCAUUCAGCUACAGGGUGACCAGUGCAAGAACAUAUGCCGGUUUCUCCUAGACAUUGGACUGGCUAACGAUGAUCCGCUGAAGCUCAUGGGUUUUAAGUGCUUUUGGCUCAUGGAAGCUUAA